AUGGAACAUUUGUUGUUUGGCUGUGGUUGGGUCAGGGCUGUAUGGUUUGGGUGUGAUUUGAAUUUUAGAGUAGAUUGGACUUCUAUCUCCUCUGUCCUUCACUGGGUUUGUGCGGUGCGAGAAUCAUUUCUUCACAAAGAAGAAUGCAUCCAAUUUUUUAGCUCAGUUGCUUGGUUUAGCUGGUUUGUUUGGAAGGAGCGCAAUGCCUUUGUGUUUAAUUCCACCCCAAUAGACCCCUUCUCUACCAUUCAGCGAGCUCAAUGGGCCAGAGAUGAGUUUUUGCAAGUUACAGAGAUUUCUAACCUCAUGCGCCACAAGUCCUUCAUCCAUAUCUCCCAAAAUUCUGGGUGGCAUCCCUCUCCCAGUGGGAGUUUUAAGAUUACUUGUGAUGUGGCUACUCUUGAGGGAUUUGACAAAGCUUCCAUCGUAGCUAUUUUAUGGGAUUCACAGGGGAUCAUCCUUGACGGUUUGACUCAGCAAGUUUCUAUAGUUUCUGUGCUUCAAGGCGAAGCUUUGGCCUAUCGUCUAGCUUGUCAGCUUGCCUCUUCCCUCAACCUCCCUAGAGUCGAGAUCGCAAGCGAUAACAAAUCGGUAAUCCUUCUCAGUGUCUCCAAAUCUGUUACUCCAUGGGAAUGUGCUGUUGUGAUUGCUGAUAUUAAACUGAUGGCCCUUUUCGGUGAUUUCUCUUUUCUGUGGAGGCCACGGACAGCCAACAAAGUGGCCCACUGGGUGGCUCAUCAUCAUCUUCGGAAUAGUCUCCCUCUUGACUAG